AUGUCUUCAUCGGAACCAUCCCUAAUAUUGGAUUCCGAAAUACCUGGAGGAUAUCGUGAAGUAGAUUUUUCUUCGGGAACAAAGAAGCCAUUGUCCUAUUUGGAUAGAUUUGAAGCGAGAAGUAUCGGAAGGGAUCCCACUACCAUUGGAAACGUUCGAGACGAAACCAGGGCCUGUGAUGACGACAUCAACUUGGUUAGAGUGGAAUCACAAGAUGAAAUGCAACUCUGUUUCACAGGAUUUAUAGUAACAUGCAGUGACGCAAAACAGUACAUACAAACAAAGGAUGAAUCGUUGUUAGAAAAGCCUGAAAAUAGGAUGUAUUAUUUAUUUUGUGAAGACAGUAUUCGGUGGGUGUUUGAUUAUUCAAAAGAGUCACGAGGAAUAUGGUUUGAAAACGCAAAUGGUUGGUUCAAAUUAAUGAACCCAAGCAAGAAAUACAAGCCUAUAUAUGACCCUUUUCUUAAGAAAUGUGACCUUUGGUUGAAUUUGCAUGACAUUAUUGUGGAGAACAUUGACUGUGGGUAUUCUUCUAUUAUUUCUCUUUUGAAAGAGCGUAAUGGCAUUGAGGAAUCGCAGGUGUUGGAACACGCAACUUUUAUUUUAAAUAACUGCCAGCAAGUGGAAUUUGGGCAUAGUCGAUUGUCGAGUACAAAAUUUGCAAAAGAAUUCAGAGAAAAGUUGACAGCAGAAAAAGAAAAAGCAGAACGAGAAGAAAAAGAAAAAUUAGAAAAAAUUGAGAGAGAACGUCUAGAAAGAGAGGAAAGAGAAAAAUUAGAAAAAAUUCAGAGAGAAAAAAGAGAAUUGGAACUAAAAGAACAACUGGAAAGAGAGAGUCAGGAGAGACUUCGACUCCUAGCACAAGAACAAACAACCCAGGGCAUCAAGGUGAAAAAAGAAUUACCAAAAAUCAAACCUCUUAACACCAAUUUGGCGAAACGCAAGCCUCAAAUCAAUCCCUUAGUAGUUCCCUAUAUUGAACGGUUAUGUACUGCAGCAAGAGAAGAGGCAGAUCAAGGAGAAUUGUCAGAUAGCGGUGACAGAGAUCCCUUCUUUUCGCCUUGUACUGUGUGUAAUGUUUGCAAUACACAUAGACCAGAACUCGUAACUUGCAAGGAAUGUGGUAAACGUCAAUUAUGUUCAGUGUGCUUUUAUAGACUACAACUGGACAAAGGUGUUAAACAAGAUUUUCCUCAAGACAAUGUCUCGCCAUUUGAGAUUUAUGGAACCCAAGAACUGUUUGUAUGUGCGGACUGCCCUUCUAAACUGGAAAAAAGGAAAAAACUGCAGCAAGCGGAAGAAAACGAUUCUCAAGAAAGCGUUGAGCUAGAUAGCGUACCAAAUACGGAUGACGAGGAAGAGGAAGAAAGUGACAGCUCACCGCCUACUAAGAAAUCUAAAAAAUCUACCAGCACUGCGAAUGAGCGCACAAGCUCUUCAAAAAAGAGAGGCAGAGAAAGAAAAGAACCAGAAAAAAAAGAAGAUUCCCAACACGAUAUUCCUAGCGACAAAGUAAGAACUACACGACGCAAAAAACUUUCAGAAGCAAUGGCUAUCCACGACAUUGAUGAUCGAAAAAACAAAAAAUUAGCGAGCGAAAUAGAAAAAGCAAUUCUCAAGAGACCAAACCCUGAGUUUUCGAAUGGCGAUCAUGCUGCUGCGAUUGUAAAGUUGCUCAAAAACAAGCAUAUUGUGUCACAAUUAUUGGAUGGAUCGCUUUCUGUGGCCAAGCUUGUUUCUUUGAGUCCGUCAGAUUUGCAAGAAAUGUCCAAGAAAAAAGUGAAGAAAUAA